GACUGCAUUACCCUUUACGCACACCUCCCCCACCUUAACACUUUGUCAAUAUUAUCUCUCAUUUCUUGCUUCUCUUUCCUCUAUUCCCUUACCAGCUUUUCUAAUUUCCUCUUUCAUUCUAUAUCUUGUUUCACUUGCAAUGCCGGAGGACAUGAAUCUUUCAAUAAAUGGUCAGUCUCAGGUCCCCCCCGGCUUUAGAUUUCAUCCCACUGAAGAGGAGCUUCUUCAUUACUACCUCAGGAAGAAGGUAGCAUAUGAGAAGAUAGAUCUCGAUGUCAUUCGCGAGGUUGAUCUUAACAAGCUUGAGCCCUGGGAUAUUCAAGAGAAAUGCAAAAUAGGAUCCACUCCGCAGAAUGAUUGGUACUUUUUCAGUCACAAGGACAAGAAAUACCCCACUGGGACCCGAACUAACCGAGCAACGGCAGCCGGAUUCUGGAAAGCCACUGGCCGUGACAAGAUCAUCUACAGCGGCUUUAGAAGAAUUGGGUUGAGGAAGACUCUAGUGUUCUAUAAGGGUCGUGCUCCACAUGGACAGAAAUCUGAUUGGAUCAUGCAUGAGUAUAGACUGGAUGAUAGCACUCAUGACACCACUGUAAGCCACCUUGCUCAUGGUUCCAAUACGAUUGGAGAAGCAAUCCCUGAGGAGGGCUGGGUGGUUUGCCGUGUAUUUAGAAAGAAGAACUAUCAGAAAACCCUAGAGAGUCCUAAAGGUUCAUCAAGCUCGAUGGACUCAAAGACCCAGAUUCUCAGUGCUGGCAACGAUGGCGUUCUUGACCAAAUACUUCUCUAUAUGGGAAGGACUUGCAAGAUGGAGAAUGAAACAUUUAGCCACAUGAAUCUCUCCAACAACAGCAACAAUAACAGCAUUAGAUUUCUCUCAGCCAACAACACAGGCAUCAGCGAAGGGCUCCAUGAGAGAUUUAUGCAUCUUCCAAGGCUAGAUAGCCCAACUCUUCCUACGGUUACAAUCAAUAGCCCCUCCUUCGAUCAAGAGAGCAAUUUCAAAUCUUGUUAUCAGUCAUAUGAUGAAAUGCUCUCAGAGAAUAAUGAACCUUCCUCCACCACCACUACCACCAACCACCACCACCACCACCACCACCACCCCCACCCCCAAGGCAAUGGCUUUGACAUGACCUCAAUUCACGAACAAAACAAAUCCGGGUUUAAUGACUGGGCUACCUUUGAUCGUCUGGUGGCAUCACAGCUGAAUGGUCAGGUAGAGGCAUCCAAACAAUUAUCCUGCUUUAGUGAGCCAAAUGGGUGUUUUGGUCUGUCUCCUGAUGAUGACAUGCAUUUAUCACAGCUACAUGUGCACUCGAAUAGAUCAAAUCAAACAAAUUCUCAGGUCUACAGUAGCGAGAAUGAUCUAUGGAGCUUCACCAAAUCAUCGUCCCCAUCAUCAUCGGACCCAUUAUGCCACUUGUCAGUAUAGCACAAGUGUCCAAGUAUACUAUAACAAACGUAGAAUCUCCUAAAGUCUUUUUAGGUAUGUAUCAGUAUACGUUAUAUAUCAUAUAUAUAGUCUUUGUCCAUAAUAUCGAUCUAUAUAUAUGUAUUUGCGUAAAUAAUAAUAAUAAUAAUAAUAAUAAUAAUAAUAAUAAAUCAAGUGAUAUUUGAGAUAGGUUGGAAUCACAUUGUCAAACAUUAUCAUGUUAUUUUCCUUAACUACUAUGUCGUCCAUGCACCAAUAUUUAUACAAGAAAUGAAUAUACUGCAAGUCUUUGGUGCUGUGA